CUGCUAUAGUUAGCGCUUGGCCCGUCACCCCCCCGGCACCCCCCGGGAGCGCUAUAUAACCCCAGGGGGAUUGGCAGGGCUCUGCAGCCUGCCCAGCUUCCCCCGCCAGCAGAGACCUCCCAGCAGCUGCGCCCGCCCGCCCGCCGAGAGGAGAUGGCACCCAAGAAGGCGAAGAGGAAGGCAGCCGAAGGCAGCUCCAAUGUCUUCUCUAUGUUUGACCAAACCCAAAUCCAGGAGUUCAAAGAGGCCUUCACCGUCAUUGACCAGAAUAGAGAUGGCAUCAUCGACAAGGAAGACCUGAGAGACACAUUCGCUGCCAUGGGGCGCCUGAACGUGAAGAACGAGGAGCUGGAGGCCAUGAUUAAGGAAGCCAGCGGCCCCAUCAACUUCACCGUCUUCCUCACCAUGUUUGGGGAGAAGCUCAAGGGUGCUGACCCCGAGGACGUGAUCAUGGGGGCGUUCAAGAUCCUGGACACCGAGGGCAAAGGCACCAUCAAGAAGCAGUUCCUGGAAGAACUUCUGACCACACAGUGCGACAGAUUCACCCCGGAAGAGAUCAAGAACAUGUGGGCAGCUUUUCCUCCAGAUGUGGCCGGCAACGUGGACUACAAGAACAUCUGCUACGUCAUUACACACGGUGAAGACAAAGAAGGGGAGUAAAUCCAUCAGGCCCCCCCAAAUUCCCCUGCCCCCC